CGAUCGGCCGUUAGGGUUUUAGCCUUUAGGGUUCCGUCUAUAAAGCGGUGCAUCAUCAAGUUCCGCGUUCUGGCUUUUCUUCCGUGCAUUCCUGCUCUCGCUAAUUGAGGAGAAGCGGACGCAGCCAUGGUGCACGUUGUUUUCUACAGAAACUAUGGGAAGACUUUUAAGAAGCCGCGUCGUCCUUAUGAGAAGGAACGUCUGGAUGCGGAGCUGAAGCUUGUUGGAGAAUAUGGGCUCCGUUGUAAGAGGGAGUUGUGGAGGGUUCAGUAUGCACUGAGCCGUAUCCGUAAUGCUGCAAGAAUGCUUCUUACCCUAGAUGAGAAAAACUCACGCCGUAUCUUUGAGGGUGAAGCUCUUCUUCGCAGGAUGAACAGAUAUGGGCUCCUGGAUGAAAGUCAGAACAAGCUUGAUUAUGUCUUGGCCCUUACUGUUGAGAGCUUCCUUGAGCGCCGCCUUCAAACACUUGUGUUCAAGUCUGGCAUGGCAAAGUCAAUUCACCAUGCCCGUGUGCUCAUUAGGCAACGACAUAUCAGGGUGGGGAGACAGGUUGUCAACAUACCAUCUUUCAUGGUGAGGCUUGAUUCCCAGAAGCACAUUGACUUCUCUCUGACAAGUCCAUUCGGAGGUGGCCGCGCAGGUAGAGUGAAGAGAAAGAACAUGAAGGCUGCAGCCAAGAAAGCUUCUGGAGGAGACGGCGAUGAAGAUGACGAGGAGUAAACAUGAAGGCUACUGCCAAUCAAGGGUGAUAUGGGAUAGAGACGGAUCAUGAUAUGAUGAGGGUGAACAUUAGGCUAGUAACAGGCCUAGAAACAUGGUUUCAUUUUGGUUUUUAUGGUGACUGCCAUUUUAAUUUUGUAGUGGAUAUUUUAUGCGUCUUCUUUUGUUUGUCAAUUGUGGAUUGAAUUACCAACUAUAUGCUGUUUGAGCCAAGUAUGCUAUCUAUCUUUUUUAAUGAAGAGAUUUGAUGAUCCCCUUA